CGCUGGUGCAGAUGGAGGUGGGUCAUUGUUCCGCCGCGGGGUUGGGGAAGUGAUGGUUUCCUGGCUGGGUUGUCAGCGAGUGUUAUCGGUAUUUCAGCGGGCACUGAACGAAACAGAAACCAGUCACCCAGAUGAAUGGUGCUCACGGACCCAUCGAGCAUGGCGACGGCCAUAUGCAGUGUUGAUAGCGGUGCUAUUCGACACAUUCGCAUGUGAAUCCAAGAUCCAGACCAUGCGGCCGUCGCUAUUACGGCACUUGUGGUUGCGGGCAACAGGCAUCGCCACCACCUUUGUGUCGUCUCGGCGUCUCUGCUCUCAUGUCCCCGCGUCGCAUUUCGCCUCCAUCCAACCUCGAGCCCUGCAGCCAUGGGCGUAACCUCAAGAAAGCUUGUCGUUGUCGGCGACGGCAACGUCGGGAAAACCACGCUACUCACCGUCUUUGCUUAUGGUCGCUUCCCUGAGCACUACAUCCCCACGACUUUCGAGAGCUAUGUUGCCGAGCUCUCCAUCGACGGUCAGGACAUUGGGCUUGCCUUGUGGGAUACUGCUGGCCAGCCGGAAUAUGAUAGGCUCCGCCCUCUUUCGUAUCCCUAUUCAGAUGUUGCCCUGAUCUGCUAUGCCGUCGACUCGCCCGAAUCGCUCGAGAAUAUCACUUCCCAGUGGAUCGGUGAGGUCCGCCAGUUCUGCCCUGAUGUGCCCGUCAUCCUCGUUGCCUGCAAGGUGGAUCUCCGAAACGAUCCAAACACUCUGCGGGCCCUGGCUGCUCGCAAUGAGCAUCCCGUCCUUGCCGAAGAGGGCCAAGCAGUGGCAGCCAAAAUCGGAGCUUAUUGCUACAGUGAAACCUCAGCCAAAAACCUCGAAGGCGUCCGCGAAGUAUUUGAGAGUGCCAGCCGUGCGGCGCUGCAAAGGAAUCGCUCGCAAGCCGAGCCCCAUAAAUCCAAGAAGUGCGCGCUGCUUUAAAGCCUUCCGAGCGACAGGGAGCCACGGAUAAGGCAAAGAAUACAUCAAGUGGAUUGAAUUGGGGACGACGAUCUCCACCAUUGGUGGUGAAUGUGCUGCCCUGGCCAUGGAUUUGGGUGUGGGGACGCUGCGGCCAAUGAGUGCCGAGUGGAUCGAGAUGCAGCCGAAGUACUCUGUGCAUGGA